CAGAUCAGAUUUUCACACAAAAGCCUGAAGCUACCGAGAGACGACCGACCGUCUGACUGACUGACUGACUGUCUGUCUGUCUGUCUGACUGACUGUCUGUCUGUCUGACUGACUGACUGUCUGACUGACUGUUUGGACAAACUGACGCUGAAAUGAAAGAAGUGAAGUGAAGCUGAAGCAGGAGGAGAAAACAGGAAAAGUGAAGCCAGUUCUGCAUUGGACCUGAGUCGGCACAUUCUGGAUGAAAACUUCUUCAGAAGGAAACAGAGAAGAAAUGUUUGAUUUCACGAGACGACAUCGACUCUGGAUCAUGUUUCAUCUGGACAAAGUUAUUUUUCACUUUUUCUUUGCGUGCACUCCGAUCUGAUCUCUGAGCAGUUUGAGCGACAGGAAACCAGCUGAGCAGCAGCAGCAGCUGAUCUGGAGAUGGUUUUUAUUGUUAAAUCAUAUGAGUUGGAUUCUUCUGACUGAUCCUCCGAGGAGACGAGGGAGACGAAGGAGACGGAGAUGGAGAGAAGACGAUUGUUCUGUUUUCUGAAAGAGUGACAGAAGCAGAAGAAGAGAAGAUGUGACAGAGAGGCGGAGGAUGAAGGAGACACUUCUGCUCCUUCCUGACGUCCACACGACUUCAACCAGAGAACAAACGGCACAAACAUGAAGUUCAGGUUCAUUUCUUUAAAUGGAAAACCGAGUUUUUCACAUUGUGAAGCGGAUAAAUGAGGCCGACUGCUGGAAACGGACUUUGUUAGUGUGGACUUCUGUACAGUUUGACCUGCUGAUGAACCAUGAGGAGCAAACUGAGUCAAACAGGAAGUGACUGAGCCAAAGCUGAUUUCAAGCACAAACUUUCAGAUUAAGCGUCUCGUUUUUAAAGUGUCAGUAAAACACACAGAAACACGAUGAACUGAAACACACCAAACAAAGACAAACCUCCGACCGGCGUCCACGUGUCUCCUACCUGUGCAGGUGUCGGGAUGCAGCUUAACCAGCCUCCCGGCGGCCUGCUCGGGUUCAGCCUCCCGCCUCCUCCUCCCCCUCCCCCUCCUCCCUCCUUCUCCAGUCAGUUCAGCACCAUGAGGUUCUCUUACCACCUGAGCACCGCCUCGACAGCACCACCACACAGCAGCUCCACCUGCAGGACAGGUCCCUCCUCCUCCAGUCCCACUUUGCUGACUAAGAGUCUCUCUCUGGAGCCGUCCUGCUCACCGUGCGGCCACCAGGGGGCGCUGGACGCUGACGCUCCCCAGCAGCCGAGUUCCGACCCGGGGCCAAGCUCCUCUUCAUCAGGCCCCGCCUCCCUGGGGGGAGGGGCGGAGCUAACCGAGCGCCGCGGCUCUGAUAACGGGCUGCUGCUGGUGAACGACACGGGGCCGCCGGAGCUGCCAGCUACCACAAUAACACCACCGAGCAAGAGCAGACCGCCGCUGCCUGGACCAAAACCCCAGGUCCCCCCAAAGCCCCCGCACCUCCAGCAGCAGGCAGGGGUGUCGAGGCCACGCCCCCGGGCCCCAGACAAGCCCCUGCCCCCUCCCCCGCCAUGCAGACCCCUACCGGCGGACCCCCGGGGGGGCCGGACUCCACCCACCCGUGCCGAAGGCACCGCCUCCCCGACCUGCGUCCUGUCACUCAUCGAGAAGUUUGAGCGCGAGCAGAUCAUUGUGGUUCCUGACAUCACCGGGGGAGCUCUGUGUCCCCGCCUCCCUGACCCCUCCUCCUCCCGACCUUCAUCACCACCUUCAUCAUCAUCGCCCGCCCCUCCCCCACCUGAUGAGGAGCUGCCCUCUGAGAUCAAAGGUCAUGAUGACGUCACACUGGGGGUUGAGGGGGAGGAGGGAGACGGUGACCUGCACAAUGAACAUGAUGAUGAUGAUGAUGAUGAUGAAGAGCUGGCGGCGGCGUGUCGUGACGACCUCCAUCAGAAGCGUCUCUCCAUGGAGUCGGGUUACAGCGCCUCCGAGAAACCCCUGGAGGACGACGUGGUUGCCGUGGAGAUGAGGGAGCAACAACAGCAGCAGCCGCUCCUCGACCAAUCAGAGCUCCCCUCGGAGCGUCUGUCUCUCCCCUCCUCGCAGACGGACGGGAAGCUGGCCAAUCGGGACAGCGGCAUCGACAGCAUCAGCUCUCCGUCGCACAGCGAGGAGCUCUGCUUCACCGGCGUGGACGACGGGGGUGUUGCGUACCCCUGCAGCCCCGCCCUCCUGCCCCACCUCUCCAGCUCAUCCUCGUACGCGGGGGAGGGAGGGGAUGAGGAGGGGGAGGAGGCGCGGGGCGGAGCCAGGAGGAGGAGGGAGUUCUCUGAGGAAGGAGACAGCGACCUGGAGGAGGAGGAGGCCGAGCUGACGCUGGUGCUGCCCCCCCCCAAGACAGACAGACAGGACUCUGCUGAGCUGUCUGUCCAGCAGAGAGUCUUCAACAUCGCCAACGAGCUGCUGCACACAGAGACCGCCUACGUCUCUAAGCUCCACCUCCUGGACCAGGUUUUCUGUGCCCGACUCCUGGAGGAGGCUCGGUCUCGCUCCUCCUUCCCCUGUGACGUCGUUCAGGGCAUCUUCUCCAACAUCUGCUCCAUCUACUGUUUCCAUCAGCAGUUUCUGCUGCCGGCGCUGCAGAAGCGGAUGGAGGAGUGGGACUCGAACCCGCGGAUUGGGGACAUCCUGCAGAAGCUGGCUCCCUUCCUGAAGAUGUACGGCGAGUACGUGAAGAACUUUGACCGAGCCAUGGAGCUCGUGAACACCUGGAUGGAGAGAUCGGCUCAGUUCAAGACCAUCAUCCAGGAGAUCCAGAGGGAGGAGCGCUGUGGGAACCUGACUCUGCAGCAUCACAUGCUGGAGCCGGUCCAGAGGAUUCCUCGCUACGAGCUGCUGCUCAAAGAUUAUCUGCACCGACUGCCAGAGGACGCGCCGGACUACAGGGACGCCCAGAAGUCUCUGGAGCUGAUCGCCACGGCAGCAGAACACUCCAACGCCGCCAUCAGGAAGAUGGAGCGAAUGAGGAAGUUGUUGAAGGUGUACGAGUUGUUGGGAGGAGAAGAAGACAUCGUUAACCCGACAAACGAGCUCAUAAAAGAAGGACACAUCCUCAAACUGUCCAACAAGAAUGGGACCACGCAGGACAGAUACCUCAUACUGUUUAAUGACAGGUUGCUGUACUGUGUCCCGAAGCUGCGUCUCAUUGGUCAGAAGUACGGCGUCCGUGCUCGCAUUGAUGUGGACGGUAUGGAGCUGAAGGAGACCAGCAGUGUUGCAGUUCCCAGGACGUUCCUGGUGUCUGGAAAACAGAGAUCACUGGAGCUGCAGGCCAGGACGGAGGAGGACAAGAAAGACUGGAUACAGGCCAUCCAGGCGACCAUCCAGAGACACGAGCAGACGAUGGAGAGCUUCAGACAUCUGAACUGUUCGCUGCGAGACGACGAGGUCACUUCUAACUCUUCGUCUUCAUCUUCAUCUCUGUCUCAGAGCUGUGUGGAGCUGGGGAAGAGAGCUCCGACUCCGAUCAGAGAGAAGGAAGUCACGCUGUGCAUGAAGUGUCAGGAGCCGUUCAACUCCAUCACCAAGAGACGACAUCACUGUAAAGCCUGCGGACACGUGGUUUGUGGGAAAUGUUCAGAGUUUCGUGCUCGCCUGUCGUACGACAACAACCGAACCAACCGCGUUUGUGUCGACUGCUACGCCAUGCUGGUGGGAGUGUCGCCCUCGCCCGCCACGCUGACCAGCAGCACCCACAGGAGGCGCUCCAUCCUGGAGAAACAGGCCUCCCUGGCAGCAGAGAACAGUGUGAUUUGUAGUUUUCUUCACCACAUGGAGAAAGGAGGGGGGCGGGGCUGGCAGAAGGCCUGGUUCGUCGUCCCUGAAAACGAGCCGCUGGUGCUCUACAUCUACGGAGCUCCGCAGGACGUGAAGGCGCAGCGCAGCGUGCCUCUGAUUGGGUUCGACGUCUCCCUUCCUGAGUCAUGUGACCGCCUGGAGCGACGCCACGCCUUCAAGAUCUCCCAGAGUCACCUGACGCUGUACUUCAGCGCUGACGGGGAGGAGCUACAGCGGCGAUGGAUGGACGUCCUGUCAAGGGCCGGGAGAGGGGAGGAGCAUCAGGUCCACCGGUCAAUCGUGGAGAGUCUGGAGGAGGAGGGGGAGGAGCUAGCGGCUGCAGCAGAGGGCGAGAACACGUGAUUCUAUUGGACGAGGAAAGAUGGCGAUGAUGGUCUUUAAAAUAUCAAUCCCUAUCGGAAACCAGUUCAUACAGUCGUAGCUGAUAUUUAACACACACACACACACACACACACACACACACACUCUGAGCUCUCUGUGUAUUUAAAGUUGCGUGGUUCAUCUGCAUGACUCCUCCCCACCUUCUUCACCUUUUUUUCCACCUGUGCUUAAUCACAGCGAGGUGGGCGGAGCCUCUUCUCUCACAGGAAACUUUCCUUUCAACAGCGACAUCAGAACACAGAGCCGCCGCCGUUUAUUCUCCCCUCACUUUGGUCUGUGGAAUGACUUUAAACACUACAGUACCCAUAAGCCUCAGCUGCUGUUGCUAUGGAGACACCUCCAUCCAGAGCUGUGACAUCAUAUUCAGAAAACUGAUCCAAAAUUUAAAAGUGAAUCGAGUCACAUUUGUGAAUUUCUCUCUCGGUUUCAGUCUGAAGCUCUCUGAAAGCGCAUUUAUUUAACUUCCAGCGUUUCCAUGUGACCUUUUCUUCAUUUAUCCGGUGUUCAGCAGGUGGAGCGGACGGAUGUAUUUUCCUGGUUAACUCACUUAAAUGCUGUUCUGGCUGUAGGAGGCCUCUGAGCGGCCCGGCCUGCAGCAGCCAGAACCCAGCAGGCGAGCUGAUCUCAGGUCCGGUCCGCUGCCCUUACGUUCUCCUCGCAGCCGGCUGUGAUGCAGCCUCUCAAUCUGCAACAGCCCUCGUCUAUAAACCCCAGAAACUCUCUUCACUUUUCUGCAGAGACCAGCGAGAGACCCGUAGUGAGAGACCGGACUGAGCUACAGACCGGGAGACCGGGAGCCCGGGUCUCAGUUAGUCUGAGUCACGUUCGUAUCGGACAGUUCUGCACCUCACAGUUUACGUCCAACGCCGGCGUUUAGAGCUAAUGCAGGAAGUAGCGUGUCUGUGGAGACGAGGACAGUAAAGGACAGGUGUAGGACAUGGACGGUGGACGUGCGAGCACUCAGUCACACCGGCUGCUCGCGGAGGUCGGGGUGGUGGAUUCACAUGUAGCACACCAGAGUCCAUGUCCCGUCACAGAGCUGCAGCUGCGGUGCGAGGACUGUAAGAACGUUAGCGCUGGACGUAACCUGGGGUUUGGCAGAAUCGUCUAAUAUGACGAUCUGGUGUGGCGAUGGGGCUGGUGUGAUCUGGUCUCAGGUUCUGGUCUCUGAUACGAGGAAGUGUGAAGACUUCUGCUGUGUUUUUCUGUUUGUCUCCCAACACGAGUCGCUCUGGACGGAUGGCGACGGUUCGAAUCACAGAUUCUUCUCUGGUUUUAAAGAUAACGUUUGCGGUGUUGGUUUCCUGAGCUCAAACAGGAAGUGGAUAUAAACGGUCAGACUGUUGAAAGAGAGACUGACGUGUCCUCUUUAAAUGCACUUUUCCAUUUUUAAUCCCAAACGUCACCUCACUGCUGCUGUCUCACCUCCACACCUGCCGAUCAGAGCACCUGUGUGGAGGUAAACUACAUUUCCCAGCAGCCUCUGCUCUGAGGUGUGGACUCAUUUUACCUGAAGCCUCUGUGUCCUCUUCUGGUGAAGUCAGGUACUGCAGGUUUUUAUAAAAUCACUGAGGCGGUUCAUCGCGGUGCUGACGAAAUCUCACCCAAACAUUCACGGCAGUUAAUCUACACAUUAUUAAUAUAUUAAAUGUAUUCCAAUAUUAUAUAUAUUAUUAAUAUUUCUUUGUCAAAUGUCAAAAUAACUCCAGAUGUCAUUGUUUAGUUCUCACCAACUUUUCAAAAACACAAAAAGAUUCAGUUCACGUGUGGCAGAGAACGGAGGAGAUAUUUGAAGUCUUUAACGGAGAAAUUAUUAAUUAUUAAAACUGUAAUCGAUUAAUUUUCUGCGUCGCUUACUUUAAUUUAAGAUGCAUUCCUCUUUGUUAUAACGGCCCAAAUCCCCAGACUUCCUCCCGGUCCACUGCUGAUGUGUGGAAGACCAUUUCUGCCAGCAACAAAAGAUGAAAAAUAAAAAUACUCUAAUAAACCAAGAUAUUUACUCUCUAAUCAAAUAUAAGUUACAAUUUUGACUUAAAAAUUAAAAAUGUCAUCUCGUAUUUUUGAUUUAUUUAAUGAUCUCGCAAUUUACAUUUAAAGUCAGAAUGUGUUUAAUAUCAUAUAAUUGUAAUUUAAGAAGUCGAAAUCUUAACUUAGUAAUUUUAGUAAUAAGUUUGACCUUAAAUUUCAUAACAGCUGAGUUAGCGUCUCAGUAUCUCAUUAUUUUGAGCAAACCUGUGAAACACACAAAGCCAAACUUUGGGAUUUCGUUUUGAAUAAUUCCGACUUUUUGUUUUUGUAAUUGCUAACAUUCGACCUGUGUUGUCUUUUUAUUUUAAAUAAGCUUCUAUAUGAAGUCCCAAAUCAUCAGCUGUGAGCUGUUUUUGUUACAUCAUCUGUUUGAUGAUGUAACAAAAACCAUCCACUGAGAGUCAGCUGAUCCCGGGUCAGAUUCCACGGACCAAUCAGAGAAUGUUUAGAUGAUGACAUCAGCAUUUUAAGUAAAACCUUUCUAGGUUGACGUCAUGAAGAGACUGUUAUCCGUAGAGCUGAAAUGAUUAGCUGAUUAAUCGAUUAGUUGACUGAGUUCAAACUGAUCAUUCGUUAAUGGACCCGGCUCAGCUGUUCUCUGCUGGUCUUUAAUAGUGAACUGAAUGUCUUUGUGUUUUGGACAAAACAAGACAUCUGAAGACAUCUGAAGACAUCAUCCCGACAUUUACUGACCUUUAUUGACCAGACGAGAAAAUAAUAACUGAAAAUGAAAAUUGUCAUUAGUUGCAGCCCUGAUCACCUGUGAGAUAUGAGGCUUCUGCAGGACUCUGAUGGUCCCAGGCCCAGGUGAUGAUGUGGGGUGGGUUUUGUUUUUUAUCCUCCAGUUGGAUGUAAAAAGGUUGAAAGAGUUUUUUAAGACGGGUGGAGACAUGAAGGAACCAGAAGCCAGACUGGACUGUAAACCUUCAUGUCUCUGCUGAGUUCAGACCGAACACUGACCCUCUCCACGUCAGAUGGACUCGAAGGCUUCUGUUUCCUGGAUGUUGGAAAUGAAUCCAGCGAUUAGACGGAGCCGAUCUGAACGGAACCCAAAAGAAAAAAGACUUUAGUUGUUUUUAUCAUCUUCACUUCCAGUGGUACAGUAUUUCUCUCCCUGUCUCUAUAAACACCUUUUGGACAAAGUGUUUUGAUAGUGAAAAAAGCGAAUAUUAUUAAUAUUAUUAUUGUUAUUCUGAUGAAUCUAUCUGAUGCUAUGAUGAACUGAAAAGACAGACUUCUUGUUGGAUAUUUCCGUGUUUAUGAGUCUGGGUUGUAUUUGAUGUUGAUGCAAGAAGAAAACAAAGAGUAAAGUUUUUGUAAAUAUAAUUUAUUGUCCUGUGACCCCUCGGUCAUGUGACUAUGUAAAGGUUAAAGCUCGCUGUUCCUCCACACUCUGCAGACCUCCACACAGCCAGAGCCAAACAAACAGGCUGGGUUUCAGCGGCGGCCAUGUUGGCUCCACAGUUCAGAUUAACGGCUAACAAGGUGAAGGUUAAAGGAACAAUCUGACAUUUUAGUAAAUUCUCUUGUUCUCUGUCUUCUCCAGAGUCACAUGUUACAGAUACAAGACGAGCUAGCACUGCUAAGUGUGCAGCCUUUCAUUUAGCAUUUAACUGGCUAGCUGCCACGUUCUUUUCUACCGAGAGGCAGUUUGUGCUCUAAGCUAACAAGUUACAGCGCAGUGCUCAUCUUUGGCUAAAUGGUUAACACUAACUUAACUCUGUGCUUUGCUAAACUAACAGGUUGAUAAGUUCUUUCUAUAAUGUUAGUAAGUUAGCUAUAGUAAGUUUAGUUUAUGCUUUAAACUAUAAAACCUUUAGCAUAACAUAAAAUACCAGCAAAUGGUUUGGAGUUGUUGGAAGGUGAAAUUUUCUCCUUUGAUGGAGCUAGGCUAACAGUUUCCCCCUGCUUCCAGUCUUUGUGCUAAGCUAGGCUAAACACAUCCUGGACACAGAGAUGAAACUGAUAUCCAUCUGAAACAUCUGACUCUGGGUUACAAAAUGUUUUGAAAACUGGAUUUCUCAAAAUGUUGAAGUCUUUUUUUACCUUCUACCUCAGCUCCGUCACGAACAUGGUGCUCAGUUGUGCGUGGCUCUGGUUGUCACGGCGUGUUUUUGGCGUGUAAAGCAGACUCCAGUGGUGUGUUGCCCUCUCCUCCCCCAGUGGGAAUGGAAGGAAAUGGCCAGUAACUCAGCCUUAUAGUUCCCAUCAUCAUCAGCUGUCUUGAUGUGGUGAAAAAUGUUUUUAACUUUCAAUCUGAGUGAUUUGUGUUGGGCAAUUUUGCUUCUUUUAUAUGAGUUUUCUUUUCUUUUGGAGGCUGGUUCUUACUGGUUCUGAGUGGUGUGUUGUAUCAGUCCAGUGUGCACUUUCUCUUCAUGUGCCAAAGCACGUAUUCAAAACUAUACAGUAGUGCUAGUGAAGUUGUUGGCUAAUAUAUCAGAUCUGCAUUAUGUAUUUAAGUAUUUCUUGUUGUUUCUUUGGGCUGGAUACCACAUGUCAGUUUAUAGCCAGUUACAGUCUCAGUUUGAGCUGCUUAUAACUAGAGAUGAGCGUCAUUAAAUUAUUAGCUGUGAAAUUAACAGUUAAGAUUUCUAAUAUGUGGUUGAAAUAACGCCUACUUGAAAAUGCUCAGAUGUUUUUGGAGAUGUGAGGGCCCGCUAAUGCAAGCUAGCGCCAGCUAGGAGGCUAGCUCCCAAAAUGACUCACCACACUUAAUAAAUAUAAUAUAUAAUGGAAAACAGAGGCAGUGUACAUUACAUUUUACUGCAUCCUGAUUUAAACUUGCCAAGUUCAGACUCCCAAGAACAUGAGUAGGAAUGUGACGCACAACCUCAAUUUCCCAACAAGCUAACACUGAUUACUGUGUUAGCUAAGAGUGACCUGUCAAGCUUGUUAGCAUUGAGCUUUAUUCCACUUUUAAAGUUUUUAUGUGACGACAAAGCUAAUGGUAGUUAACACUUGCUAACAGACAAAUUUGUCCCUGGCAGAGCUGCGGCUUGUCAGCCGGCUAACGAUAUGUUUUUCCAACUUCAGUUUUCGUUAUUGUUAUGCAAUAAUUCAGAGUUGUGGUAAAUAACGUAUUAUUAACUAGUCAGAGAGAGACAGACAGCACAAAUAAGCCCUGGUCAGACCAGAAAGUGUCGCUAGGAGCUUGGUGGUAGCGACUACUCACAGGGUUAGUUGGCAAAAUUGUGUAGCUGGCAAGCUAACUGCUAACUUGCUAGCCAGCCAGGAACAUUAUAGCAGUCACGAUUCCCUCAAUGUUGGUUAAUGCCGCAAAUUUGUGUGGAACACAAAGUUAGCUUGACGCAAAAGAUUUGCAUUGAACUUUUUCUUGUGCCAAACCAGACGACCCGAUCGCUGUCGGUGUUCAACAGUUACAAUAUUUAUUUCUCAUUUUUAAUCCAAAGUGUUAUUAUUGGUUUUGCCUUUUGCUUCCUGUUCUGAUCUCAGAGGUUUUCAGGAGGGUUUCAUGUGUUUCUAUCGUCACGCUGUUAAAUCAGUCUGCAGUCUGUGACACAUCCUUCACCUUUUCAAACCGUGUCAGUCUAUGAUUCCUCCUAUCAGACGGUCACAGUGUUAUGGACUGUUAUUGGCUGCUGUUACCAUGGAGACCAUCAGGAUUUUCACCUCCGUUUAUAUUCACACAGACAUGCUGACAUGAAGCUGAAACAUGCAUGAAACAGACCAAAUAAUCGUAAUAAAUGGCAGCAUUGUGGCAUGUGGACUGCAAACGUCACCAAAUAUGGUCAAACAUAUUUAUAAUACGGAGCUGUUUAAGAACCAAUCAGAGGAGGACUGGGCAGUGAUGUCAUUUAGUUGAAUUACAUCAUUUUUGUGACCAGACCCCUUAUCUCCUGACUCGUUGCUAUAGUAACCGCUGGGUUUCUGGAGCAGCAUGUUACCACGGUAACCACCAGGCUCCCAAUCCUCGUUCCCCAGUGUUACCAUGGUAACCACCAAGUUCCACAGCUGCUGGCUUCAUAGUGCUGUGGGGUCUGGAGCUGCCGGUCCCAUAUAACCAUAGCAACCACUGGACUCUAGUUACCAUGACAACAACAUCCACCAUCACCUUUCUCUCUCCCUCCAGUGUAACAGCAGCAUGGUUGUGUAUUCUUCUUCUUCCUGUUGUAGUUCUGGUAUCUUGUUAUUAUUGAUUAUUGAGUAGUGAUUGAUUGCAGGUUAUUGGUUAGUGGCCGGCCACUGCCUUCCAUCCUGUCCAUGUCUGUUUCCCAUCAUGCCCUUCUGUAAGAACAUACAAUGAGAAAUGUUUAUGAGGUUAUAAAUGAAAUAAAAGCAUAAAAAGUGA